AGCAUUUCGUCCACCGUAGAGCCAUCGUGGCCUCUUCUGUAGCUCUCUUUCAAUGCUCGCAGAGUUUGAGCGUAGCUCCGGCCAGUCAUUGUGUGUUGUCAGUGUUCCGUUUCCUCUCAGGACGCACAGGUGGUGAUCGGAGCUGUGUCUGCGUGCAUCGUUGAGUUUCACCAAAGGAUCAAUUCCCGCGAGAACCGUGCCUGUGGUCUCUGUGUGGUCUGCGUGUCGUGUUGCCCUACGCAUACCUCUCCGUCCCUCCGCUAUUAGCUGGCCCAUGAAUAUGAGCUCCUUUCGAAAGUACGGGCGCUACUCUAUGAACCUGGCUAUGGAGCAGGAGCGACUGCAGGGGUGGCUGAGCGUCGCUAACGUCGUGGAUAGCGAUUGUGUCGACCAAUUGGAGUGGCACAGACGGUACUGCGUUCUCGAAAAGGACGAACGAACACUCUAUUUUUACAACGACACAGAGAGUGUUCCUCUGACAGGUCGGCGUUCUCCAGUAAAGUUUACACUCAGUGGAGGAGAUGAUGCACAGGACGGCCAGUGUCUCUCUACAAAGACAACGCUAAGUCUUCUGGACCCUAACUACAUUGCAGCAUCGAGUGGUAACAGCAGCAAUUUUCAGAGGGGCACCAGACAAAGCAGAAGUCUCCGAGACAAGGUCAGGUCGUCGCUGCAUAAAAGUGUCAAGAAAGGUUCCCUGGCUGUGAGAGGCGAAGAUCGGUCUGCUGGUGGCUCCGUCCGUGUGUCCAGAUCAAAGAGCUUUGGGAAAAACGAUCACAUGAUAAACUCGCAGUCAAAUCCAGCCGGCAUGAAGCUGGGUUCGUCAAUGGAGAACCUAAUACUGGGAGGAAGGACGGAUGUAGGUGGGAUGGGCCACUUCCUAGGACAACACGGCACACACCUGGACUUGGCCACAAAGGGGCUGUUGAAUAUCGGUCCCGUCCACCAGAGCAUUUCUCCGCGUCACAGCUGCUUUCGUAUCCUCACUGAGAGCGAAGUCCUGUACGCCUCAUGCGGGUCUCGGGAAGAACUGGACAGAUGGGUGACCGGUCUCACGGAGUGCCACAGUCCAAACAGGAACCACGUCCGUCGAGUGGACUCUUAUCUUGCGGUGUGGAUCCUCGAGGCCCGGGCCCUCCCUCCCAAGAAACGCUACUACUGCGAACUGUCCCUCAACGGAGUCCUCUACUCGCGGACCUGCUGCAAACUCAUGAACGACAGCCUCUUCUGGGGAGAACCAUUUCAGUUUCAAGAUCUCCCUCUGCUUGGUUCAGUCACAGUGAGGGUUUGCCGGGAAAACUACAACAAGAAGAAGAAAGAGAGAAGUGAUACCGAUAUUGGAAAGAUUGAAAUUCCUGCUAUUGUCUUGCAAAAAGGACAGAUCCACGAGAAAUGGUAUCCGAUAACUGAUUAUUCGGCUGGUGGAUCAAAAGCAGGGUCCUCUAGCGGGCGACCCAGUGACAAUCCGUCCGUUCGAAUCAAACUUCAGUACAAGACUGUGUCCAUUAUGCCGCUCAAAGUCUACGAUGAACUCCUGCAGUACUUGAGGACAGACUAUGGCACUAUGUGUGAGGUCUUGGAGCCAGUCAUCCCUGCAAAGGCCAAAGAUGACAUAGCUACCACUCUAGUCAGAAUCCUACAGCGGGAGGGAAAAACUAGAGAAUUCAUCUGCGACAUCAUCAUGUCAGAAGUACAGGCAGUAGAGAACGAGAACCUGAUUUUCAGAGGGAAUACAUUUGCCACGAAGGCGGUCGAUACGUACAUGAAGAUGGUUGGAGUGACGUACCUGAGAGAUACCCUGGCCCCCUUCGUCCACACGCUGAUGGACAGGUACUGGGAGGAGGAGUGUGAGGUUGACCCCACGAAGCUCCCAAACCCCGCCUCGCUCGCCCAGAACCAGGCCAACCUCACCACCCUCGUCGCUAGGGCCUGGGCCGACAUCCUCAAGUCGUACAACAAAUUCCCCUCGGACUUGCAGGUGACUCUGAACAGCAUUCGCCAGAGGUUUGGACCUGAGAAGGAAGAGGCCUGUUUCAAACUCAUCAGUGGCUCCAUCUUUCUCCGCUUCUUCUGUCCGGCCAUUUUGUCUCCCAGUCUUUUCUCCCUAUGUCAAGAAUAUCCCGACGAAAAGAUGGCUCGUAAACUGACGCUGGUUGCAAAAGUCAUCCAAAACUUUGGCAAACUUUGCGCGGUUCGGAGUCAAGGAAGAGUACAUGUGCUUCAUGAAUGAAUUCCUGGGCAAAGAGAUAAAGAACAUGAAGCAAUUCAUUGACACCAUCUCAUCCCCUCUGGUGGGGAACCACAUUGUUCCGUGGGGUCCGCAGAGGAUCGACCUCGGGAGAGAAGCCUCCGUUAUGCACAUCUCCCUCUCCAACCUACUGAGCUCCGUUCAACUGCCUCCGGGUGGAUCUGUUCGUAUCGAGACCCUCACGAGGCUGCUCCAUGAAAUCAGUCAGGCUGGCGAGGAAGAUGACAGCGAUCCGUUCACCUCCACCUUCGAGGCCCUCCGCGUGAUGAAGACGACCAUCAGCAAACUCAACACCGUCUUCCCACCCUCCGAGCGCUCGGGGUACUCCGACAUCUCGCCGGAGUACGUUACUCCGGUCCAGUCGCAGUCGACGUCCCCCACUAGGGAGCUGAGUCCUCCAUCGGCGGGGCCGACUGACUCCAUGUUGAAAGGACUCCAAGCACUGGGACUAGCUGAUGAACAGAGUCCACUGUCGUCCCCAAACCUGUCGGGAGGAGGCUCCAUGUCCAGUCUCGCCACUCACACCAACAAAGCCGUCCGCCGUGAGAAGACACGCACCCUUCCCGUCUCCUCACGCAGCAGCGGUCCCAGCGGAGGAGGAGGCAAUUCCCUGGAAUCCAGACGACUCUCUGACUCUGCCCUUCAGAGACUAGGCAUACACAAGGUUGGGCCCGAGGUUCACUCCAGUGGUAGGAAGACAACGGAGGCCUUCACCAUGGACGACACAGUGGAGGUAGCAGAGCUACGUCAGGAGAUCAUGCAGUUGCGCCAGGAGAACUCGAAGCUAGUGGAACAGUCAGAGAGACUCAAACUGCACAGCAGAGUGCAGCAGGACACGGCAGAGAGAGAGAUGGGGAGACUCCAUGCCGAGCUGGCUAGAUACGAAAACAGAGUCAAGAGAAUGGAGCAGGAGUUCCAAGAGACCCGUGGGAAACUCUUCAAAGGUCUGAAUACUCAGACUGAAGUUGCGCUGGUUCAACUGACGAGAGAUUUCGAGAACAUGCGGACACAGUUGCUGGCCAAGACGAGAUAAUCGGUGCUCAAGAGAGAAAGAUUGCGAUUCAGGAUGCAAAGAUAGCGAGUCUUGUGGAAGCAAACGGGACACUUCGCGCUGGACUUCAAGAUCUUUUGAGUUUGCCGAAAGAGCAGGAGACUGAAAGUGAAGAGGAGGAGGAGGGGAGGAGGGGGGAGGGAAACGAGACACCACAGCCGGAGUGGUGGUGAAGGAGGAGUUCCCAACGGUCACCUGGUGCACCCGUCACCAGGGGCGCACAGUGCAGACUUGUACAGAAUGAUCUCCCUACUUGACAGUGGGAAGUUUGAUCAGUCAUAGUCUCUACACCUGUACAUAUCAUCAUCAUCAUCACUGACGUCAUUGUAUUAUUGUAUUAUUGUAAAUCUCAGACAGAUGGCUAUAGUAAUAAUUGUCACGUCAGAAUUUACUUGAUGUUGACAAAAAUUUUAUUUUUUGCUCGAAUUUUGAGCAUGAUAUCCAUGAAAAGAACCC